CCCGCACCGACGCGACCCGCGAAAAGCAACGUCGCCCCCCCAACCCAAAAGCUGCAGGCCCGCGCAGGGGGAGAGGGCGGGCAGGCGGACGCACGGGCGGGAAUGGCUGGCGCACCGGCGGGGGCCUCCUUGGCCGCGGUGGCAGCGGGGUGGCUCGACCUCGACGGGUCGACGUCGACGACGGCGACGACCCUGCUCCUUCGCCGGUGGUGGUGGCCGCCGCUGCCGCCGUCGGGCGCCGCCGAGGCGCUGCGGGCCGCGUGGGACGUGGCGCGAGCGGCGGCCGUGGCGCCGGCGCUGGCGGCCGCGUCGUGGGCGUGCCUGGCCCUGUCGGCCAUGCUGCUCGCCGACGCCGUGUUCCUGGCCGCCGCCAGCCUCCUCGCGCCGCGUGGGCGGUACCGGGCGGCGGGCCCCGCCGCCGCCGCCGAGGAGGACGGGGACGAGGAGGCGAGCGGCCGCGCCGUCGGCGGCGGCGGCUACCCCAUGGUGCUCAUCCAAAUCCCCAUGUACAACGAGCGGGAGGUGUACAAGCUUUCCAUUGGAGCAGCGUGCAGGCUGGCAUGGCCGUCCGAUAGGGUCAUCGUACAGGUUCUCGACGAUUCCACCGAUCCAACGAUCAAGGAUCUGGUGGAGCUUGAAUGCAAGUUUUGGGCUAACAAAGGCAAAAACGUGAAAUACGAGGUGAGGAACAAUCGGAAAGGGUACAAGGCCGGUGCACUGAAGCAAGGGAUGCUGUAUGACUACGUUCAGCAGUGUGAUUUCGUCGCUGUGUUCGACGCUGAUUUCCAACCGGAACCUGACUUCCUCGUGAGGACCGUCCCGUAUCUCGUGCAUAAUCCACGGAUUGCACUUGUGCAAGCCCGAUGGGAAUUUGUUAAUCCCAAUGAAUUCCUUAUGACGAGGAUACAAAAGAUGACAUUAGACUAUCACUUCAAAGUAGAGCAGGAAGCAGGUUCAUCCACGUUUGCCUUUUUUGGUUUUAACGGAACGGCUGGUGUCUGGAGAAUUUCUUCCAUUAAGGAAGCCGGUGGCUGGGAGGAUCGAACCACAGUAGAAGACAUGGAUUUAGCAGUCAGAGCAGGUCUCAAAGGAUGGAAAUUCAUCUAUGUCGGAGAUGUUAAGGUCAAAAGUGAACUGCCAAGCAAUCUGAAGGCGUAUCGCCGUCAGCAACAUCGGUGGACGUGCGGGGCAGCAAAUUUAUUCAGGAAGACGGGUGCAGAGAUAAUUCUGACUAAGGAGGUGUCGUUGUGGAGGAAGCUUUAUUUGAUCUAUAGCUUCUUUUUCAUUAGGAAGGUUGUUGCCCAUGUGGUACCUUUCAUGCUCUAUUGUGUAGUAAUCCCGCUGUCAGUCCUGAUUCCUGAGGUCACAGUUCCUGUAUGGGGGGUGGUUUAUAUCCCAACAACAAUAACACUUCUCUACGCAAUCAGAAAUCCAAGUUCGCUCCACUUCAUACCAUUCUGGAUCCUCUUUGAGAAUGUCAUGUCUUUUCACCGGACGAAGGCGGCAGUCAUCGGUUUGCUCGAGCUUGGGAGCGUAAACGAGUGGGUUGUCACAGAGAAGCUUGGUAAUUCAAGCUGCACCAAGCCUGUGCCGCAAAUACUUGAAAAGCCUCCCUGCAGGUCUUGGGACAGAUGCACCAUGUCAGAGAUUUUGGUUGCCAUUUUUCUCUUCUUUUGCGCGACCUACAACUUGGUUUACGGAGGCGAUUUCUAUUUCGUUUACAUAUAUUUACAGGCUAUAACAUUUCUUAUUGUUGGCACCGGUUUCUGCGGAACAUCCAACUCAUAGCGGUAUAUAUAACUGUUAGGACUGAUCCAACGGAAGAAAUUGUCAAGUUCGAUCAUGAACUCGUGAUGACUAAUAACUUCAUUGCACUGUCAGGCAUACCGUGAAAGCAUGGAUGCUGUUUUCUCUCUCUAUUUUUCUUCUUCUGGAAAAGGCCUGUAGGAAUUUACUAUGUAGCAUGUGAUUUUCCAAUGUCUAUGUGCCGUAUGUAUUUUAAUUGUCAUUGUAUAUGUUGCACGUUGGACACAAGAUAACUCUGGAUGUUAUGAUAAUUCUUUUAAGCCACUACAAUCUAGCUGGCAUGGAA